AUGACAGGAAAAUUCAUAGGUAAGCUAGCAGGUAUCGAUCGAGCCGAUGUGGGAGCGUACAGAAACACGUACAAACACAACCUCUCACUAGAGAUACUGCAAGAGGGAUAUGUAUCCAGUUUUAUUGAGCUGUUCGAACUAUUCGACCAACAAGCUCAACUGAGAGAAAAUGCUGGUAGUGACUCUGGAGUACAUGAAGUGCCACUAUUAAUUGACCAGCAUGACAAGUUAGAUGUCCUUAAAAGUAAACUAAUUGAAGCGGAGGAAGCUCGUCGUUCAGGGGCACCAGAUAACUCCUACCAAUCGUACUUGGAACUAGCGCAGUACUUUGAAAAGUUCCCAUCAGACCAGUGGCUCAUUGAUCAUUUCCACGAGAAAUGCAUGUCGGAGAGUAGCAAGGUUGAAGAAGAUGGAGGAAGAAAGCUGGCAGAAGCUAACUACAAUAUUGGUAUCGCCCUGGAAAAGCGAGGUGAUUUAUCGUCAGCAGUUGAUUAUCUUGAGAAGUUUUACAAUCUUACUACUGAACAAGAAUGGCAGGAUAAGAUUGGAGACAACCUCCACGAUAUUGCCUCCCUUCAGUUGUAUCGGACGUAUACUUGUUUGGCUGAAGAAUUAUACGAAGAAGCUCCGUCAGUUUCAAUAGAUUAUCUCAAGAAAGCGUUUCAUAUGGCUAACGAAGGCGGCAAUAGAACAGAAGCAGGUCUCGCCAGUCACAGAUUGGGAAACAUAUACGAGGCUGUUGGCGACCCUGAGGUUGCUACCAUGUAUCACAAAGGUUUCCUUGAUCGAUGUAAGCGAGACAAAGAUCAAGUUGGAACUGGAAAAGCUCACGAAGCAUUGGCCCGAUGCCAACAAAGUGAAGGAAAGCUUGCGGAGGCAACAGAAAACUACAAGGAAUUUGUCAAGAUAUCAGAAGAAGUUGGAGACAAAACUGUGUACUCGCAGGCAUGCAGCUCUCUUGCUAGCCUAUACAACAUGCUGGGUGAAUACGGAAGUGCAGUGGAGUACUACAAAAAGGCUGCUGAAAGCAUGGAAACUGAUGAUAAGGAAAGGCUUGAACUUAUGAACAUUUCUACAGCAAUAGCUAGAACACACCACCACUUAGCAAGUUACGCUACAGCGAUCCUCUGCAACACUGCUAAACUUACUGCUACUCUAGUUGAAUGGAAGGAUUACCGAGACGACGGUUUUAUUCAGGCGAGCAGACCUGGCACACGAGCUGAGAGUUGCUUGUCAGGUGCAGAAACCCCUGCGGCUGCUACUGCACCACCUGAAGACACUUGCGAUGAUAAGAAAUAAGAUUUUAAACUUGAUGGACCUUUUUUUAACGAUCAUCCAUCUAGAGUCUUAAUAGUUUGCUAUUUUGUUUGGAGCUCAGUGAUUACGGACACGAUCUUAUUUAAUUUAUUCAAUUUGUCCUAAAUCUAACUUCUUUGUCUAAAAGAUAUUGCAUCAUACUAAUACUGUUAGUAAUAGCAACCUGUCACUUGUGCGAUAAGGCCAGUAUCAUCCAUGGCCGUGUAUUAUCCAUGGAGAAUGGAGAUUGGAGAUUGGAGAAAGACAUUCAAUUGCAUGGAUUGAGUAUAAAUUCUUUCUUUGGUCUGUCCAUCGAUUAUUAAAAUGUUUUCAUACAUGUUGUGACUGAUGACUAUUGGAUUUUAACAUCGUGCAAUCCAGUCAUAGAAGAGUUCAAUUCAAACCUAAGCCGAUACAUUAACUACCUAUUAGACUAAUUAGACGAUGAGGAUGGGUUUUUUUCUGGAAAUUUGAAAACCAAACUUGAAUUAAAAAACAACAAGAAUACUGUUUAAUAUGUUUCGGAGAAUAAUAAUUUCGGCUAAUUUGAGGAUAUGUCUAAUAUGCUAGAAUGAUAUGUAGCAAAAUCAAGAGAUCUUGAAAGUUUUUGUAAAUCGAAAUCAGAAUUCCAGAUUUUAUAUCAAA